GACUAUGAAGAGCUACAAAAACAGCUGAAAGAAGUCUUUAAGGAGAGAAGCACCAUCCUCCGUCAGCUGACAAAGACAUCAAGAGAACUUGAUGGAAUUAAAGUCAAUCUACAGUCUUUAAAAAACGAUGAACAGUCUGCCAAAACUGAUGUUCAGAAGCUUCUGGAAUUAGGCCAGAAACAAAGAGAAGAAAUGAAGUCUCUUCAGGAGGCCCUGCAAAAUCAACUUAAAGAGACAUCAGAGAAAGCAGAAAAGAACCAGGCUACUAUUAAUUUUUUAAAGACUGAAGUGGAAAGAAAGAGCAAAAUGAUUCGAGAUCUGCAGAAUGAGAAUAAAAGCUUGAAAAACAAACUCUUGUCAGGAAACAAGCUGUGUGGCAUUCAUGCAGAAGAGUCAAAAAAAAUCCAAGCCCAGCUGAAGGAGCUUCGUUAUGGGAAGAAGGAUUUAUUAUUUAAGGCCCAACAGCUCACAGAUCUGGAACAAAAAUUAGCUGUUGCCAAAAAUGAAUUAGAGAAAGCAGCUCUUGACAGGGAGUCACAGAUGAAGGCAAUGAAAGAGACCGUGCAACUGUGUUUGACAUCCGUUUUCCGUGAUCAGUCUCCUCCUCCUCUGAGUCUGAUCACGUCAAAUCCAACUCAGAUGUUACUUCCACCCAGGACAGUUGCCUCUAAGCUUCCAGAUGCAAGGGCGAAAAGCAAGCCUCAACAAAGUGCUUCUGGAAACAAUGAGAGCUCUCAAGUUGUGUCAACAAAGGAAGGAAAUCCAAGUACCACUGCCUGUGACUCUCACCAUGAGGGCAAAACUUGUUCCAUGAAGCACAAAGAGAAUCCUCUAAGUAAUGCCACUGCAGAAUCAGAGCCUAUCCCACAGAAAUUGCAAAUGCCUCCUUGUUCUGAAUGUGAAGUAAAAAAAGUCCCGGAAAAACAACUGACAAGCUUUGAAGGGAUGGCAGCAAGAGAAGAAAAAAUACUGUAAAUACCAAGAAACUGUGUUAAAAGCAUUUAUUUGCUAUUGUCUUCAUACUCUUUUUAGACCACAGGCCUGAUGGAAAUACUGUUUCUAAAGCAUGCAACUUUUUCACAAUUUUAUGUAACUUUAUAAAGUAACCUACAGAUUUUCCAAAUGGUUUCAGACCAAUUAUGAUCCUUAAGCAAUAAUCUAAUUUUAAGCUAACAUCCACAGUCAUAAACAUAUCGAUUGGUCUGUUUUGAACUCAAAUGCCAUCUAACACUUAAUUCUCCUGGUUCAUUUGGAUAACUAGUACUUUUGUGAGGUAGUUGUUGAAAUCAACCGAAGGACAAUAAAAUAGUGUGGGUCCUCAGCAUUCUUAGAGUCUAAAUCGCAGCCUUUUUAUAAGGUUUUGAUCCACACUAGCCAAUCGAAGUAAUCAUCCUUGCAACUGGAAUUUGUAUCAAUUUAAAAUCCCUGUUUAUUUUACAAUGCUUACUGCUCUUCUUGUUAUUUUGUAGUAAUGAUUAUUAUUUUGUCUAAAUAGCUCCGUAACAAUUCUAUAAAGAAUUUAUUCAGUUAACAGAAUUUAAUAAAUUUGUUUGGCAUGACAUAGACAAAAUAUUUGAAUAAAUGACUACAUUUCUGAUAUAUUUGAUUAAAUUUUAUGGCAUUCGAUA